UUCAUUCAUUCCAUUCUGCUUCAUUUUUUCACAAUCAUGGCAACUUUCCAUGAUAAGCUCUCCCUCUCAACUCUCAUCCUUUUCUGCGUAAUUGUUGACGUGUGCUCGCGUGGGCCCGUCUACAAACCGCCAAGUGUCGAGCGCCUAACGGAUCGAUUCAGCCAAUCGACGGUCAAUAAAAGCUACGAUUUUGCCUUCGGAGCCUCCAAUAUUCAUGUCACGAAUAAUGGGACCAGCGCUGCUUUAAGUUUGGACAAAUCCUCAGGAUCAGGAUUGGUGUCGAGAAACAAAUACUACUACGGAUUUUUCAAUGCUGCAAUGAAAUUGCCUGCCGGUUUUACAUCUGGAGUUGUGGUGGCAUUUUAUCUAUCAAAUGCAGAUGUUUUCCCACACAACCACGACGAGAUCGACAUCGAGCUGCUCGGACAUGAAAAACGAAGGGAUUGGGUUUUGCAAACGAACAUAUACGGCAAUGGAAGCGUUCGCAGCGGAAGAGAAGAGAAAUUCUAUCUUUGGUUCGAUCCAACACAAGACUUCCACGACUACUCCAUUCUAUGGAACAAUCACCACAUACUGUUUUUAGUGGACAACGUGCCAGUGAGGCAAGUGGCCCACACCGCCGCAAUCGGGUCGGCCUACCCGUCCAAGGCGAUGUCGGUCUACGCGACUAUCUGGGACGGCUCGGAGUGGGCCACGCACGGCGGGAAGUACGCGGUCGACUACAAAUACGCACCUUUCAUCGCGACGAUGCGGGGGAUCGAGAUGGAGGGUUGCGUUGCUAAUUCGAAAAACGCGAUGUCGUGCUCGAGAAGCGGCGUCUCGAGCGUGGACCCGGUCGUCGGGGAGCCGUUUUCGAGGCUAUCGAGGCAGCAAUCGGGCGCGAUGGAGUGGGCGAGGAGGAAGCAUAUGUUCUACUCCUAUUGCCAAGAUAGGAAUAGGUAUAAGGUCUUGCCUUCGAAAUGCAAUGACAAUUGAUUUUGGUCGCACCAAUGACCUCGUGACUGAAUGGUUAUGAACACGAGUUUCAAUAAUCAUAUUUUGUGGUUACGUGUAUAUUUUUAUUGAAUUCUUUUUUGUAAAGGGAGAGCUCAUUGAAUUUUCUUGAACUA